CGUGUUUUAUAAUCAUGUUAUAGAAAAGAAUAGAGAGAAAACAACAGAACAAUUCAAAAGAUUGACAGGUGGGCCCUGACUGUCAGAGUGACGCUUCCAGAGGGGUGGAGUAACAGAGAGGCAGGAAAGGCAACUCGAUGCGUCUGUCUAUCAGUUGAGCCUGUCUGAUCAGUCGCGCAUCCCCGCAUCAUAUUUCUCACUGCGGAGACGAGACUCCAGCUUCACUAUGCGGAGUUAAAAAAAGAAGAAGCAAUAAAUCCACAUUCGUAUCGUUUCAUGGAGUAGCUGUUGGCGUUUCGUUUGUUUAUGAAAAGUCUUCGGAGCAGUAAUACAUCAACUGUCCACAUGAAAGCCGAAAGGGCAUUCUUUUUUGUGAGCUUCGUCGGAAUAGGCUGUCCGAGCCUAGCUGUGGGUGUUUAGUUUGCGUGAGGAGACGGAGAGUAGCCUAUUGGCGGUAUUUGAUCAGUAAUGCCGUGGUGAUAUGACUGACACGGACUGAUUGACAUAACCCUCUAAUGCCAAUCUCCUUCUAUCCCCAUUUUGUGUCUACUUGCAGAGAUUGAACAACGGAACAGCACCUGUGCGGAAAUACCGUUUGGAACGUUAUCCAUCGCGGUGGAAGUUUGAUACAUUGAAAGACUUUUACUUUCAACACGAAAAUCUGUUAUAAAGUGUCGUUCCAGGGGUGGAAUCCUUUCUUUUUUUGUAAUGGAAGCUCCGCGGACUGAAGAAGCGUUGGCGGCUGUCCAUGUUCUCCACUGCUAGACUGAAACCUAAAACAGAGGUCUUAUAAAAGACUGUUUUCAACUCAACAUUUCCAGAGAAACGUCAUUUUGUUUAGAGAUAGGCUAUUUGUUUCUUCACAUUUGACAAACAAUCGCUGAAAGAUGGUUUAAAAAAAUAAUAAUAAUACUUUCACUGACGCUUAGACUUCCUUCGCCAGUCAAAGAACGGGAAUCUACAUUUCUAUUCCGAUUCUAUUGAAGAGAAGGACAAAACGACGUUAUUUUUAUUUGGUUUCGUCGCACUGGUUUCCUCUUGGGUCGUCUUUUAUUUUGGUCUCUGCAUGAAAGUCAAGCGGAAAGUCUACCAGCAGCAUGCCGAGGAGAAAGCAGCAAGCGCCAAGGCGGUCCGUAGCUUAUGGGGACGAGGACGAAUUUAAGGCUGAUGACAAGAUCGAUGAGGAGCACCUGCAAGAUGAUGGGCUCUCCUUGGAUGGACAGGACGGCGAGUACCUCUGCAACGAGGACGACGAUGCCGGGGACCAAUUCAGCUUUCAGAACUCCCCGUUCAGCAAUGGCACCAACCCCGACGCCGGCUACGCCUCUCCUCUCAGCGAUACCAGCGACCAGCUUAUCGACUUCCAGAGCACUCGCUCCAAGGACGGACUGGAUAAGGAGGAGGCAGUCAAAGGAGGAGUAGACCACCUCAAGAUCCCCAAUGGCCUGUCUCUGCAGGACAGCCUGGCACAGAUGAAAGCCGUCUAUGCAAACCUGAUCUCGGACGCCUCUUGGUCCAGCAUCACCAAGGACAUGCUAAGAAGUAACAGCAACAAGGUCAUCAGUGUGAUCAGCAACAGCAAUGGAAGCGGCCACAAGGGGAGCAACGGUAUCGCCAACAGUAAUACUAUCAGACUUGUGAACAAUAAUAACCACACCAACAGCAGCAGCAACACCUCUGCCCCUACCAACACAACCAGCAACACUACCGCUACAAGCACCGCUAACACUAACAACAAUGGCACUGGUGUCAGCACUGGCAGCACCGGUGGAGUGACCUACGACUGGCACCAAGCUGCUUUGGCCAAAACCCUGCAGCAUACACCAUAUAACCUCCUUCCCGAGCCGAGCCUCUUCAGCACUGUGCAGCUAUACCGGCAGAACAAUAAGCUCUAUGGCCCGGUGUUCACCGGUGCCAGUAAGUUCCGGUGCAAGGACUGCAGCGGAGCCUAUGACACGCUGGUGGGGCUCACGGUACACAUGAAUGAGUCAGGCCACUACCGUGAUGAUAACAAGGACAAGGAGGAGGAGCGGGGAAAGAGGUGGUCCAAGCCCCGUAAGCGCUCCCUCAUGGAGAUGGAAGGCAAGGAGGACGCUCAAAAGGUUCUCAAGUGCAUGUACUGCGGCCACUCCUUUGAAUCCCUGCAGGACCUGAGCGUCCACAUGAUCAAAACAAAACACUACCAGAAAGUACCUCUCAAAGAACCCAUGCCAGCCCUCACCUCAAAACUGGUGCCACCUACCAGAAAAAGAGCAUUUCAGGACUUGGUGUCCCCGUGCUCACCAGAAUCUAUCCACAACAUACCUGGUGUACACCUGGGGGAGACCAUGAAAGACCAGAAAGUGGUUAACCCCUAUGUCACAGCAAAUAACCGCUACGGCUACCAAAAUGGCGCCAGUUACACCUGGCAGUUUGAGGCUCGCAAGGCCCAGAUCCUCAAAUGCAUGGAGUGUGGGAGUUCCCACGACACCCUGCAACAACUGACAGCCCACAUGAUGGUCACAGGACACUUUUUGAAAGUGACCAACACAGCGUCCAAAAAGGGGAAGCAGUUGGUGUUUGACCCCCUGAUUGAGGAAAAGAUACAGUCCAUUCCUCUCCCGCCGACCUCUACACGACUCCCUGCGCCCAAUGUGAAGUCACAGCCCGAUUCUCCUCUCCUGCUCUCCUCCCACACUGAAGAGAAAAGGGAGGAACACGAGGAGAAAAUGGAGAUGAGUGAACCAGAGACUAAGAUCAAAGAAGAGAAAGAGGAUCUGACUGAGAAAAGUGAGAAAGCUGGCAAGGCUAGACAUUACAAGUAUCUCACAGAGGAAGACCUGGAAGAGACUCCCAAAGGAGGUCUGGAUAUCCUGAAGUCCUUAGAGUUCACAGUGUCAAGUGCAAUCAGCAAGGCCCAGACUGGGACGCCCACCUGGGGUGGUGCUGGCUACCCUAGCAUCCACGCUGCCUACCAGCUCCAGGGGUCUCUGAAGUCCUCCAUGCAGAGUGUCCAGGUGGUUCAACCCUUGUUCAGCACUAGCAGCUUGAAGGUGAUGGCCUCUGACUCCAGCAAUCUGAUCCAUUCACCGAUCAGCCAUUCCCCACCUCCAAGCCACAAGAACAAUGUGCUGGCCAUGGAGGAGCUAGUGGAAAAAGUCACAGGGAAGGUCUCUGUGAAAAAGGAGAAGGACGAGAAGACCUCAGAAAGUAAAUGCAAAGCGAGCUCUACCAAGUCACCGUCCCCACUGUCCAAGGAGAGGAAGGGGUCACCCAUGCCGGAGAGCCUCAACAAGCCGGUGAAAAACAUUGAUGUAGAGGAUAAGAGCGAGCCUAGAAGCAGAGAGGGAGAGGCAAAAGACAGCAAAGCGGAUCCGCCAAUGAAGAACGGAACAGAUGUGCCAAAAACGGUAGUCAGCAAUGGCUGUAACAGCUUGGGAAUCAUCACAGAUCAUUCACCUGAGCAGUCUUUUGUCAACCCUCUCAGUGCGUUGCAGUCCAUCAUGAACAAUCACUUGGGAAAGGCCUCAAAGACAGCCACCCCCUUUCUAGACCCUCUGGCAAUGCUGUACAAGAUCAGUAACAACAUGAUAGAGAAGCCCAUGAACAACUCCAAUCGGGUCAAGCAAGUUGAGUCAAUCAAUCGAUUCUAUGACAAUGAUGACCAGCCCAUGGACUUGACAAAAUCCAAAAACACGAAUGGACGCACCGCUAACAGCACCUCCACUACACCGAACAACAACAACAACUGUAAUACCAAUAACAGCAACAGGCCUAUUCUCUCAAGCUUGUCUGAAUCUCUUUCGUCCCCUUUACGGGAAAAUGCUUUGAUGGACAUCUCCGACAUGGUCAAGAACCUGACCGGCCGUCUGACACCGAAAUCGUCCACCCCAUCCUCCAUCUCUGAGAAAUCUGACGCGGACAACAGCGCCUUCGAGGAUGGCUUGGAGGAGCUCUCUGCAUUCCAGAAAAGGAAAGGCCGGCAGUCCAACUGGAAUCCUCAGCACCUCCUCAUCCUUCAGGCCCAGUUUACCUCCUGUCUCCGGGAGACGUCUGACGGCAAGUUCGUCAUGACUGACCUAGGCCCCCAGGAGCGGGUCCAUAUCUGCAAGUUCACUGGUCUCUCCAUGACCACGAUCUCCCAUUGGCUGGCCAAUGUCAAGUACCAGCUGAGGCGGACAGGCGGGACAAAAUUCCUGAAAAACAUUGACUCGGGCCAGCCCCUGUUUCUCUGCAGUGACUGUGCCUCUCAGUUUAGGACUCCUUCCUCUUACAUAAAUCAUUUGGAGUCCCACUUAGGCUUCAGCAUGAAGGACAUCUCAAAGCUUUCCAUAGAUCACCUUAGAGAGCAGCAGGCAGUUACCAGAAUGAUAACGGAGAAAACGUUCAGUUCCCUGGGACUUAAUGAGGAAGACUCAUGCUCUGUAUUUCAGUGCAAGCUGUGCAAUCGGACCUUUGUCAGCAAGCAUGCAGUCAAACUGCACCUUAGCAAAACGCAUGGCAAGUCUCCGGAGGACCACCUGAUCUUUGUCACUGAACUAGAAAAGUUUGAUAAAGCAUAAAUGAGCUGGACAAAAGCUGAUGAUAUGACUGAUUACUGAAUCGUUGCACUAUAUCUCAAUACUGCACUGCAUCUUAACUGAGACUUUGGAAUCAGUCCGAAGUAACUGCUGUCAUAAAACUGGGCCAUGUUCUGUUUUGGAUUUUAUUUAAUUUUUAAAUUGAACACACAUUUUGCAGGUUAUUUAUAUGAUCUUUUGUCUGUGCAUGUUUUUCAGUGAAUUAUAGGGAUACUUUGGGAUUUUGGCAAUGAGGCUACUUAUCUACUUCCCCAGUCCGAUGAACUCGUGGAUACCAUUUUUAUGCUUCUGUGUCCAGUAUGAUGGGAGUUUGAGGUAGUUUUUGUCGAGCCGAUGCUACCUAGCGUUAGCGCAAUGACUGGAAGUCUGUGAGGAUCUGCUAGCAUGCUAGUUCAUCUGAAUCUGGGGAAGUACACUGAACAAAAAUAUAAACGCGACAUGUAAAGUGUUGGUCCCAUGUUUCAUGAGCUGAAAUAAAAGAUCCAUGAAAUGUUCCAUAUUAUUUUCAAAAAUGUUGUGCGCACAUUUGUUUAC